GCUGCGCAGAAGGCGCGAGGGCUCCUGAGCAGUCCCGCCGCCGUCCCGUUUCCCCCCCUCGUUCGCCGCCGAUAGUAGCACGGUGGUUAGGAGGGUGAGCGUGCCGGGCCGGGUGUCUCCGCGAAGCUCGCCUGUUGGGGGCACGAUUGCUCAUCUCUCCGCUGCCGUGUCUGCACCAGCUUGUCGAGGGGGGCAUGGGCCAGCCGUGGCGGGGUGGCGGCCCGCGCCUCGGCGCCCACGGCCGCAAUGGUAAACCGCCAGACCUGGACGCGCGUGCUGGGGCUGCUGACCAGGGCGCUCAGCCUCACGGACUCCUCCAGCCGGCACGAUGGCAUCGUCCUCCUGGUCGGCCUCCUGUUCACCACAGUGCUCAUGGCGCUGACCAUGAGCAAGCACUGGUCGGGCCUGCGCGGGCGGGGGAGGCCCCACGGAUCCUGCGUGGCCAUCGUGGCCUCCGUCCUGCAGCUGUCGCCCGUCGUGGAGAUGAUCGACAAGGUCUUCUCCCACCAGAUGCCCAUCUGCUUCGCGCAGCCUGACCGCCUCGGCCCGCAGCGUGCGCCGCUGCUGCGCAGCACGGUGGCCAAGGGUAGCCCCGGGGAGAACGCCAUGCGCGGGGUGCGCAAGCUCAGCAUCGUGAACCUGCCGCAGGCGGGGCUGUCGCUGUGGUACCACAUCUCGCUCGUCCCGAGGAGCGCGAACCUGGUCGCCCCACAGCACCCCAUCAUGAUCGCGUGCGCCUUCGUCGCGUCUUUCUUCUCGCUCAGCUUUGGGAUCGCGGACUUUGUGCUCUACGUCUGGGUCGAUGACGCGUUCGUGCGCGAGAACAAGAAGCUCGUGACUUUCCACUACUGCGUGGAGAUCUUGAUGAGAUUGCCCAUGCUUGUGUUCUUCCACCUUUGCGGAAAAACGAAGUACGGAUAUGCGCCAAUCGCCGUUCUGUUCGUAGUCGAUGUGCUCACCACCACGCUGCUGCUCUCGUUUGCGCGGUUCUCCCAGAGCAGGCGCAAAUGUUGCUCCUUAUCAAUCAACCGUCACGGUGUGACGCAGUGCGUCUUCAGCGUUAUCAUAUCCGUGCCGCUAUUUUUCGUCAACUUGGUGUUCUGCGAUCCGGGCAUGGGUUUCUUCUACGUCAACCAGGUCUACUACGCCGUCAAGUACUGCGAGCUCGUCGCGAUGUGGCUCUUCGUCGCGAUGAUGAGGAAGGACCGGCGCGCCGUGACCCAGCCGCUCAGCCGGUGCUAUCGACAGCUGGGGGGUACUGGAUCUGGCGAGCAGCUGGUUCCAGGCGUUCAUGUACACCGUAAUCUCCUUCGCCAGCCUCAACGCCGCCUUCGUCUGGUGCUUCGUGCCUGCCAGGCGACGCAAGAAGGACGAGAGGCUGGCGCAGGGCACGGAGACCGUGGUGAGGAUGUCCACCGACCCCGUGGAGGCCGCCCUGGUGUCGCAGCCGGGCGCGGCGCCGGAGGGCGGGCGUGGCGGCACGCUGCUGGCGAACUUGGAGGGGAUCUUCGAGCUGCUCCGCCUUCUCAGCUCGGGGGCGCCCACGGGCACGACGCACGUCGCCGAGAACCGCGCCCUCAUCCUGGAGGGCAUCUCGGAGGAGGGGCAGCCGGCCCUGCCGUGGGGCGGCGUGUUCGACGACGGUGCUGGCGGCGCGGUGCACAUCGCGGUGCGGCCCCGCGAGCGCGCCAUCUUCGUCACGCCGCGGGGGCCGCGCGGAGAGCGCAGGGGCGCGACCCUGCAGGGGUCGAUCGUGGGCGGGGCCCUGGUGGUCCACGACGGGGGCGCCGCCCGCCGCGGCCGCUUCGACAGCCGCCACAUCUCUGCCUCCGCUGGGACGACGGCGAGCGGUGGACCCGGCGCCCAGACCCCUGCGGGGAGGACUCGCAGGCCGUGUUGAAGCUCAGUUCGAAGAUUGCCCUCGCUCUCCAUUUGGACGCCGUCGCGGAGCCGCUCCGCGCCCCGGACCUGGAGGCUCCCGCCGAGGCGAGGUGCAGGAGGCCGCUGCUGAGCUUUGUCGUCGCCUACGCCUUCGCCACGGCGCAGGCCGACGUCAUAUCCGACCUGUACUGGGCCCUGGUGUGCCUCUCACAGGAGGAAGAGGAGGAGGAGCGGGCCGGUCGGCCGCCGCAGGGCGCGGCGCGAGACCUCGGCUACAGGGCCUCCCGCAUCGCUCUGCUGCGGCUCGUGAACAACGAGCUCCCGCACUUGGUGCCGGACUGCGGCAGCCAGGAGGACAUGGCGCGGUUUCUGUUGCUGGCGAGGCGGAUGCUGCAGGGGCAGAGGGAGGUGUGGCAGCAGCACAUGGAUCUCAUCAUGAACCAUAGCGGCCGGGUGCAUGGCGGCAGCGGGUCGUGGAAUUACAAGACAGAGGUCGUCCGCGACGCGCUGCGGCGUUGGCGGGAGCUGCGGAGGAAUUCGCGGCACGCCAGCAGGCCCGACGUGGACGAGGAGCUGCUCAGGUCUCCUACGCGGAGCCUUUCCAGGAGCUCGCUGGACGAGGAGGGCGAGCGGAGGAUGAUCUCCCCAGCGCGGUCCGACACGGACAUGGUCUCGCCUGAGGACAGGGGCUCGGCGGCGUUCUUGUCCUUGCCAAUCGACCCCACGGUUCAGUUUCGCGGCAUAGUCAUCGACGAGACCGAGGUGAUCCCGUCGAAGCAGGCGCCUCUGCUGCUGACGUGCAGGACCAGAGGCAUACGCUCCCGCUUGAUAAGUUCGCCGCACCAGACCCCAGGCGAACCAGACGGUGGAAACGAUGAGAUCCAGGAGAAAUACUUGCUGAAGGUUGGCGACGACCUGCGGCAGGAUCAGUUGAUGCUUCAGAUGAUGGCCUUGAUGAGCUGCGUCUGGCAGGAGCGGCUGCCCUCUGCGGACGCCCGGCUACUGCAGAUCGCCAACUUCCGGGCGCUCGCAGUCACUCCCCAGGCAGGGUAUGUGAAGUUCGUGGCGGACUCGGUGCCGCUGUCUGACGCCUUGCACGAGUCCCGCGGCAAUUUGUACCACUGGCUGGAGCAUCGGCGCCUCGAGGGCCUUACCUUGGACGAGGUGCUGGACAACUUUUGCGGCAGCGUCGCGGCGUGCUGCGUCGUCACCUACAUCCUAGGCAUUGGCGAUCGCCACUUGGAGAACCUGUGCAUCACGCGCAGGGGCCAGCUGUUCCACGUAGAUUUCGGUUUCAUCCUGGGCGACGACCCCAAGCCGAUGGCGCCUCCCGUGCGGCUUCCACAGCAGGUGGCGCAGGCGUUGUUGAUGUCCGGCCGGCUGCAGCAGUGCUUCUCUCUCGCUGGGCGCGCGUAUUUGGAGCUCCGCCCGCUCGCCGGGCUCUGGACGUCCAUCCUGAAACUCAUCGCGGCGACAGGCGGCUCUGGGUGUCCUCGGCUGGCCCGGCAGUCCAUGGCCGCCAUCUCGGGGCUGCGCGAGCGGCUCCGCGUCGACCAGCAGGACGAGGAGCGCGCGGCCUCGGAGUUCCUGUGUCUGAUGAGGGAAAGCUCAGAGGGCAUGGCGUCCAUCUUGAUCGACAAGGUGCACGCGGCGGGGCUCUUCUGGCGCUGA